UCCCUUCUAAAACCCCUUUUCUUACUUUUUGUUUUCGUUAUUUUUUUUCAUGAUUGUGCAGAUCAGCCCUUAACCUUUCGUUUUCUUUUUGGUUUUUUUUUUCGAAGUAUAUUUUUUUUGUUGUUUUUCAUGAAGAGAAGAAGCUUUACGUAUGGUUUUUUUUUUGAAAUUUUGAAAUUUUUUUGAAAGUAACAAAGAAGAUGACGUCGACUUCGGUAGCAACUUCGUCUUCUAGGAUUUGCUUCAAUUCAGUCUGUAACGAUUUGAAAUCGGAAAGACCGAGGAAAGGAUGGCAGUUGCGAACGGGAGAGUUGGCUGAGCUCUGUGAUCGAUGCGCUUCUAUUUACGAUGAGGGAAGAUUUUGCGAUGCUUUUCACUUGAAUGCUUCUGGUUGGAGAACCUGCGAGUCAUGUGGGAAGCGGGUUCAUUGCGGAUGCAUUGUAUCAGCAUAUGCAUUUGCUUUGUUGGAUGCUGGAGGAAUUCUAUGCAUAGCUUGUUCGAGGAAAAAUGCUGUCUUGGGACCAAAUUCUUCAUGGCCACCUUCUUUGCUUUUCAAUUCAUCUUUGCCUGAGAGGUUCAAAGAUUGUUCUGCUAAAGGUUGGAGUCAGCUAACUGGUUCGGGUCCUGCACCUUGGCGGCAAGCGCCUGGUUUAUUCAAUUCAUCAACUUCUCAGCCUGAGUUGCAUUCUAGAGUGCCCUAUGAAGUUGACUUAUCCACUGGCAUUGACAGAUUAAAUGUUUCAGAAAGAUUAUCUAUUCCUUCCCUUGAAAAGAAGAAAAAUGAAGACUUUCCCGAAAGGUUAAUGAAUGGACCUUUGAAGCCUUCUGCACAUGAUAUACAUGAGAAUGGAAAUACAGGGAUCAAUUGUGAGGAGCAGCAUACUUCUUGUUUGACCAAACCUCAGCUGCCUUCUCUGAAGGAGGACUCAUCUAAUCCUCCAUUUGGUUUAGCUGUACCGUACACAUCUAUAGAUGAAGCAAAUGGUCAAAUGGGGGUUUCUGGCACUCAUUUGCGACCAAACCCCCAACCUUCACUUGCCAAGCAAUUUCAUAGUAAUCCACAUAAUGGGCUUGACUCUUCAGGUGAAACUCAGAUGCGUAAUGGGAGGCCUCGAGCAGAUGGCCGUGGAAGGAAUCAGUUAUUUCCUCGUUAUUGGCCUAGGUUUACCGACCAAGACCUGCAGCAAAUAUCUGCCGAUUCAAAUUCUAUAAUCACUCCUUUGUUUGAGAAAAUGUUGAGUGCCAGUGAUGCUGGGCGUAUCGGACGUUUAGUGCUGCCAAAAAAAUGUGCAGAGGCAUAUUUCCCACCAAUAUCUCAGCCAGAAGGAUUACCGCUGAAAGUCCAGGAUUCAAAAGGAAAGGAAUGGAUAUUUCAAUUCCGCUUCUGGCCCAACAAUAAUAGCAGAAUGUAUGUUUUAGAGGGUGUUACUCCUUGCAUACAGAACAUGCAAUUGCAGGCUGGUGACGUAGUAACAUUUAGUCGUCUUGAACCCGGAGGGAAGUUGGUCAUGGGUUUCAGAAAGGCUUCAGCUGCUUCAGCAUCUGAGCAGGAAAAUGAAGCCAAAAAUAGUAAUGGAGUUUCUACCCAUGGAGAUGCUGAACUGGCAGAUCCCAGCUCAUGGUCAAAAGUUGAUAAGUCCGGAUACAUAGCAAAGGAAGCAUUAGGAACCAAAGUAGCAGUUCCCAGAAAGAGGAAGAAUAGUGUGCUGGGUUCAAAGAGUAAGCGACUGAGAAUUGAUAAUGAAGACAUGAUAGAGCUGAAACUAACAUGGGAAGAAGCUCAAGGGCUGCUCCGUCCCCCACCUAAUCAUGUAGCCAAUGUUGUUUCGAUUGAAGGUUUUGAGUUUGAAGAAUAUGAGGAUGCGCCUGUUUUAGGGAAGCCUACAAUAUUUGCAACUGAUAAGUCGGGGGAAAAGAUCCAGUGGGCUCAGUGUGAAGAUUGUUUUAAGUGGCGUAGAUUGCCUUCCGAUGUUCUUCUUCCUUCCAAGUGGACCUGUUCCAGUAACUCAUGGGAUCCUGAAAGAUCAUCUUGUUCGGCCACUCAAGAAUUGACUGCAGAAGAGCUGGAAAAUCUGCUGCCACACUGUAAUCUAGCUGCUUCUAAGAAAAUGAAGGCUGCUAAACAGGAAUCUGAAAAUGUAGAUGCUUUAGAGGGGUUGGAUACUCUUGCCAACCUAGCUAUCUUGGGAGAGGGAGACGUUCUCCCUGCUUCUCAGGCCACCACAAAGCAUCCCCGGCAUAGACCUGGCUGCUCAUGUAUCGUAUGCAUUCAACCCCCGAGUGGGAAAGGCCCCAAACACAAGCAGACAUGUACAUGUAAUGUCUGCCAAACAGUAAAGAGACGCUUCCGCACCCUAAUGCUGCGGCGUGAGAAGAAACAAUCGCAAAAAGAAGCAGACGCUACACGCAAGAAGCAGCAGCCUUCAUUGCCCGAUAAAGUAGUGGGCGAUGAGCCUCUCCCUUGCACUACUAGUGCGGGAAACAGCAGCCUGAAUCCGGAAAAGGUUGUCAGCGAGAAUUUGGAUGAUGAUACUAACAGGUUAAAGUCCUCGAGUUCACCCUUUAAAGGCCAAAUUGACUUGAAUAUCCAGCCGGAGCGAGAAGAAGAGCUCUCACCUGGUUCAGAUUCCGGCGGCACGAUGAGAUUGCUUCAAGAUGCCACCGACAAAUACCAUAGGCAGCAAAGUAUUUUGAGCUCUAGUGGCAACAGUAACAUAGAAGUUACUCAGACGCAACCUGGCAGCGGAACGGAAUUAGGAAAAAUCAACAGUAGCAUCGAUCUUAGAGCCAGUCAUCGAGAUGCUGACAUGGACCAUCCAGCAAUUUUCCCUAUUAAAACGUUUGCACCCACAUCAGCCACCGGUUAGAUCAAUGCACUAUAUCCUAUUAACUACAUCAGCCACAGUUUUGGUUAAACAUACAUCUUCAUCAGCAUUGUUCUUCCAUGGACAUAAAAAGAAAUCGAUAAGUCAGUUUUCGAUCAUUUUCUCUGCAGUAAUAUCCGAGAUGCUGCCGAUGCAGAAUGGAGGUCGAAGCUAGUGUAGUUCAUUUUAGGAGCUCACCUUGCUAUAUAUAUAUAUAUACAUCAAGAAGAAUAGAGAAUGCAAGUUAAAGAGAAAUUGCAUUUUGUUGAUUUUACAUUGUUUUGUUGCCUUGCAUACUAUUUAUAUUAUGCGGCGAAAUAGAAAAGUUUGCUUAGGAGAAAUGAUUUUAUAAUCUUUGCCUACCAA